ACCUGACCAAAACUGAAGUGAAAGGCACGUGAUUUGCUGCCCCAGAACAAAGAUGGCGUCAGACGUUAACACCACACCGCUACAUGUACUCUUUUCGCUUUUAGUUUUGCAGUUUGCUACAGGAUUUAUCUUCGACGGCGAUAAAUACAAACGGCAGGUGUCCUUUGAGCUGAACCCGGGUCUGAACGCCUCGAGUCCGCUACCCCCUGGUGUCGGCUUGCUGCACGUGCGGGCUCUGGGGGCCAGUGACACCCUGCACUUUCUCCUCUCCAGCCUGGGCGCCCCCGCCCUGAUGCUGGUGCACACAAACUCCUCUUCCUCCUCCGUGAAGGUGGACUGGCGCCGCUUCCUCUCGGGCAAUACCUCCGGCAGCCUGCAGGUGGUGCCAGAGAGCAGCGUGCAGUACAGCAGUGCGCUGGUCUUCACCAGGGUGUGGGAGUACGAAGAUAGCAACGACACGGCCGACCCCCAGAGCGUCCCCCCCUCCGGCCUCCUGCCCCCCUACGAGCUCCAGAAGUUCACCUGGCGGAACCUGGGCCCGACCCUGAACCUCACGACCGGCACCGCUCAGCUCUGCGGGGGGGACGGCGGCCCCAGCUUCACCAACGGCUCCUUCUGCCUGCAGAUAUCUGCGUUUGGGUCCGGGGGUCGCGACCCCGUCUGGCCCGGCCUCCUCCACAGUGCAAACUCCUCCCAGUUGCGGGUGUGGCUGGACGGCAUCACGCCCAGGUCCAAUUUCUCCCGCUUCUUCCUGGAGCUCCAGACCGUGGGCCGCAGCGAACUCCAGAGCAGAGUGGACAUCGUGAGAUCCAUAGACGACGAGUACACUCCCUCUAUAUUCCAGGUGUCUCAGUGGGUGGCUUCUCCGCCCAACGUCACCUCCCCGGUUUUGGGGUACACGCAGUGGAAGCCCGUGGCCUACCGCAACGCCACGCCCAGUUUGGAGCUGGCCACGCCCUGCCGGCACACGGGGCCCCUGCCCCUGCCCCGGCUGCCCCCCUCCGGCCUCGUUGGGGCCUAUUUCGGGGACGGCUACCAGGCCAGCGGCCUCAACGUCACGUUCGGCAUCGCCGGGGACCCCCUGUACGACGCCACCAAGUACCUCAGCUGGACUGUUCUGGUGGGCGUGGGUUCUCCCCCCGUGGACUCCUUCUCCCCGGUCGUCAUGGUGAUCAUGGCGGUGGGGCUGGGCACCCCGCUGCUCCUCAUCCUGCUGGGCGGGGUCUACAUUUGCGUUCGCAAGAAGCGGGCGGAGCCGCUAGCCUACGAGCCAAUCAACUGACAUUCCCUUAUCCCCCAACCCAACGAGCCAAUCGACUGACUCUCCCUAUCCCCCAGACCCCCAUCUGGCUCCAGGCCAUUACAUGGAGAUCCCCCCUUAGCCCCUCCCACAGUUACACGGGUCAUAUUCGCCACUAGGGGCGCGCUCACGUCACAUGAUGGAUGAUACCACCAGGGGAACUGUCUGGGCCUAGACAGCCAAUGACUGAGGACGUGUAAAGGAGACAACCAAUCAUAUGAGCCUGCUCAGAAUGUCCACCAGUGGCCAGUAUUUCAGAUCAGAAGCAUGACAAAUAUUGAAACGGGUGUAAAUACUGGAAUUAUACUAAUCCGUAAGGCAGCAGGGCUUGCUUUUAAACUUUUAAACAUUCCAAAAACCACUUUUAAAAAUAGUUUUAGCUUUUUUUAAGUGCCCUGUGCUGCUGGUUUUUUGCUGACUGUUUUAUCAAAUGUUUUGAUAUAUCUUUUUUUUUUUUUUUUUUUUUUAAACCAUUGUUCAGACAUAUAACACAAUGAACUGUUAAGUGGGAUUCUGUUUCUGGUCAACUGAAAUAGCAUUGGGGGCAAUUGACUUGCCAAACCUUUCUCAGUUUACCACAAAAUCAUAACUACUAAGAAAAUACUUUUUUUAAUUGUUUUUUUUCCUGUACAAACUGAAAUGUUACAUAGAUGAACUCCCAGCUGCUUCAGUGGCUGUGAUAACGAUGCAGUGUCCUCAUGAACGCACAAUUAUAUCUUGGGAAAGCUGUUUGGUAAGAUGUUUACAUGCGUUUCGCUACGCUCCCUCUCCUUGGAGAGUCUGUGGCCUCUCUGCUGCCCCCUGGAGGAAGGAGGACAAUAAGAGUAAGAAUGAGUCGUCUUGUAGUUAUAGAUAUGAAAGAGCUGUAAGUUAGGUGCAAAAGGUCAUACACAGUGCAAACUGGAAAAGAGGAGAGAUGGUGAUUGGUGUAUAAUUAUCCAGUCUUUAUAUGAGAAGCUACUGAGGAGGUCAUUUUGGUGAGUAGUGCAGUUUUUUCCUUUUUUUUCUUUCCCAUCCCCUGCAAGUAGGUUGGGGGCCAAAUAGGUAACGUUUUUUUUAAUAUAGCUUUUCACAUGGUUUGGAACCAAUCCGGGAAGCUCUCAAAUCACUUUUUUGCAGUGUUAAAAUGUGUUUCCAGCUAUCCCCCCUCACCCCAAAACUCUUCUCCCUAGUUUUGCAUAAAUGUCAGCUCUUUAGCAUUUUUACAGAAAUCUGUGUGCAGUAGUGUGCAGGUACUGUUUAAUAAGAGGUUCACAUGUUGCUUUGCUCUCUGUUCUAAUCACUAAAUCUCAAAACAGGGGUUUACAUUUUUUUUUAAAUUAAUAGAAAUCAUGUUUUAAGUUUCAAGUUGUAAAUGAUUGUUUUUAAAUUAUAAUUUGCUUUCCAUAAAGAUUUGCACAACACAAA